UCUUAGCGAGUUGGAAUCAAUAAAUAAUAUGAAAAAAUAAUGUCACAACAACUCUGUUUAAUUAUAGAUCACAAAAUAGUUGGCGUGUGCAUAUCCAUCCCCACCUGUAGACUGCGGCAGCAGCAGCAGUAGCAUACGCAUUCCGAGCUGUGAGGCGUGUGGUGGGGCCCACCACGGCGAACUUGUCUCGGCCGUUGCGGCAGGCGCGCCAUUAUUGCGGUAAGCUGGUAACCGCGCGUCGCCACCUCCGCCGCUUUAUAUAGCUCCAGCCUCCAGGCUCUUCCUCCUCUACCCUUCCCUCCGGCCAUCUCUUGAGCCUUGAUCUCGUCUCGUCGCCUCCCCUCUGCUCUCCGUCCCUCAUAAGAAGAAGACUUGGCGACAUGGCCGUGGAAGCGCAGUUCGCCGGCCUCGCCGGCUGCCUGCCGCCUUACGGCGGCGGCGGCGGAUUGGCCGACGAGCAGAUGCGCGCGCUCCUGUCAGCUGCCGCGGGCAACAAUGCGUACCAGUACAACUGCGCCGCCGGCGUGGUCAGCGCCGCGCAGAGCGAGCUGACGUGCAACGGCGGUGGCGUGGCGCUGCCGUCGCGGAAGCGCGGCAGGGAGGAUGAGUUCGAGCAGUACGUGACAUCCUGGUCGGCGGCGCUUCUGCCGAUCCCGGGGAUGCAGGAGGCUGUCGUCGCGCAGCGCUCGCCCUCGCCGGCGGCGACCGCGAACCGGAUGGUGGAUUCCGCGACGGCGUCGACCAGCGGGCGGCCGGCCACGGUGUCGGUGGCGGACGCGCUGGUGGCGGAGCUGUGCCAGCAGGGCGCGGAGGUGGACGCGCUGGUGCGCGCCGAGUGCGAUCGCCUUCGCGCCGGGUUGGAGCAGGCGCACAAGCGGCAGCGCCAGGCGCUGGUGCGCGGCGCGGCGGCGGGCGCGGCGCGGCUGCUGCGCGCGAAGGAGGCCGAGCUGGACGCCGCGCGCCGCCGCGCGGCGGAGCUCGAGGAGCGGCUGCGGCAGGCCGCCGCCGAGAGCCAGGCGUGGUGCGGCGUGGCGCGCAGCAACGAGGCCGUCGCGUCGGGGCUCCGCGCCGCGCUCGACACCCUCCUCCUCCGCGGCGGCGGGGCUGGUGCCCCGGCGAUUCAGCCCGCCGAGGAGGGCUUCGGCGACUCCGACCCCUGCAUCGCCGCCGCGGCGGACGACGCGGAGUCCCGCUUCUUCGUCGAGGCCGAGGACGGCGCCGGCGCGUGCGCGGCCACGUCGUCCCCGGCGGCGGCGAGCAGGUGGGCGUGCCGGGCGUGCGGCGGCGGCGAGGUGUCGGUGCUGCUGCUGCCGUGCCGUCACCUGUGCCUGUGCAAGGCGUGCGAGCCCCGGGCGGACGCCUGCCCCGUCUGCCUCGCAGCCAAGAACGGCGCCAUCCACGUCGCCGCCAACUGACCGCGUGAUCCGCCGCCGCUGGCGUCGUCGUCCACGGCGCGGGAGUGAGUCGGCUCCGGCGAUCUCGCCAACCAACCCCACCAGAGUCGUCUAUAGAUUAGGCCGAUUUACUUAACCCCGUUCGUUCUGUUCUUUUUGGAUGGUGGUGAAUAUCGAGCCCUGAUGUAAAGGAAAUUAACCUCUGUUUUUUUAUUACUUUGAUCCGCAUGCAA